AUGAAAGUCCUUGUAAUUCUAUUCAUUGUUGUUGCGCUGUCCAAACAGCAAAGUCAAUGUGAUAGUUCGGAUGUUAGUUCGGAUCGGAGUUCCGAUUCAAGAGAUUCGCAUGAACAUCAUCAUCAUCAUCAAAAUCGACCAAAAAGUUCACCUCCAAAAUGUCCGACUGGUUGGCUAAUGUUUGAAAGAAUAUCCGGAAAGUGGUGUGUUCAAGUUUUCGAAGGGAUUUUCAAUAGAAACGAAGCACAAGCAAAAUGUCAAAGAAUUGGAGCAACUUUGAGUGGAAUGGAAAAUGCACACGAGAAACAUUUAAUACAUAGUAAGAUGCUUGAAACAGAAAAAAGUUAUAACUGAAAAAGUUAUUUUCAGAAAAAGGAAUGGAAAUUCUCAAGAAACAAAAUAUAGCGUAUAGUGCAAUGUGGCUUGGUUUGAUAAGAAAAAAGGAUUGCCGUGGUGAAGCUAAUCGAAACAAAGAAGCUUGUCAAAGAUCACGUGCUUAUUAUUGGAAUGAUGGAUCAACACAUAGUACAGAUAUGAUUAUUUGGAAUCGGUGGUAUUCGGACAAUCGAGGGUAUGUUUUCAGGAGGGAAACAUGGUUGGAAUAAGAUUUUCGAGAAUUCCGAAAUUCUGACGUUUUUCAGAAAAAUCAAAAAUUUUGAAAAUAAAAUCUGAAGUGAAAAUGGGAAUUAUGGCAUUCCGAGAAGGACGUCAAUGUUAAUUUUCUUACAGUGUUGAUCAAGACUGUGCCUACAUGCUUGUUUCGGCUUCCGGAAAACCACAUCCAAAUGGAGCUCAUCCUGGCAAUUUCCAUGAUAUUCCAUGUGAUUCGUCGAAAACUCAAAACAACAACUUUUUCGAAUAUACUCGAGCUUAUGCUUGUGGAAUGAAACCGAGAUAA